AAAGGCCAGACUGCACCGAUGAGACUGUCCACAUGAACGAUUGAAUUCGGCGUUGCUCUCUGCUGUUGCGGGCGAGCAGCGAGACUAGCCCGUUAAGUGUGGCAAUCAUUGCGAUCAAAGUUUGCGGGGCUUGCCGAAUGGCUGCCUGGGUGAUUGAUGCUUUGAUUUGGAUUAUCACAAUUGCCUCAUAUUCGCUUGCUCCCCUUCAUGAUAUCAGAGAUCAACAAGCACUGUUGCAUCACGUUGCCCUUUCUCUGAUGACGAUUUACCAACUGCGGCACCUGGCCAUGUUUGGUCCAACUGGGCGUCUAUGGAGGCCCUGCCUGCCGCUCCUGUUCAAUCUAGCCGGAUUAGCAGGCGAGGUACCAGACAAGAACUUUCGUUGGAUUCUCAUCACACGGUGUUGCAACAAACGUCUCGGCUCACGUCUACUGGGAACACCUGUCGUAUGCGUCAAGACGGAGUCAAUUGAAGCCGGAACAAGCCAGCCAAGCUACCAAACACAAAACAACGCUCAAAUCAACUAUUCCGCAGUUUGUAUGCCGAUCUCCCUGCAAUCAUGCAGCCAAACUUGGCUUCGGCGACCAUCUCAGUUAGAGUCUGGCCUCGCGCACGCUCUCGCUGCCAAGGCCCCUCUUUCGCUGGUAUUCCUCGAACGAUCCGUCGGGGUACUUGCUGACGAGCUCCCGCAUCAAACGCAGAGAGCUAAUCCAACGUCAGCAUGGCCCGCCAAAGAUUAUUCAGCGCUUACAUGUUUCUGAAGUGCAUCUUCCCUGGGUAGUUGCACGACGCGAGCAUGUCGAACCGCCUUAGAUCCGUCAGCCGGCCGCAAUCAAACCAUUUCCCCGAGAAAACCUACACCCAGUACAGGUUGAGGCGGUCUUCGAAC